AUGGAAUCGGAUAGUUCUGAUGUCAGUGACGAGGACAGAACCUCCGAUAAAGAAGAAAAAGUGGAAAGUUCGUCAUCACUGUUGACAGUUGAACCAUUUGAAGUUGUUCUGAAAGGCGGGAGCCCAUGGGGAUUUACAUUAAAGGGAGGAGCGGAGGUGCGCUCUCCAAUUCAAAUAUCGGAGAUAAAACCCGAGGGGAAAGCUGAUGUAAGCGCCACCUUGAGGCUCGGGGAUUAUGUACUUGGUGUGAAUGAUGUGAAAUGUGUGUCGCUGACCGAGGCAGUGCAACUGAUUCAGAGUGCCUUCAGAACCCUAACACUGCAGGUUUGGAGGUAA